AUGAAAUUCCUGUCUACAUUCAUUGCGAUCCUUCUCGCGGCGACUUCGGCAGUUUAUGCCAGAGCCCCGGCCUGCCCGCCCAGCGUGUCCAACCCGAUCCGGAGCUCUGCGUCGAUACCUGUGAGUGCGAACCGGGUUAUUUACUCAAAUCGGCGACCAGUAGUUGCGUUGAACCUUCAGAGUGCUGAUUUUGCAACUGGAAAGAUUGGCGCUGUUUUGGGGCUUACCGCCGGGAGGACCGUCGAGGUGGUUGUGGAGGACGUGGCCGAGGCGGGGGAGAUUUCCAGGAGCUCCUCUUUCACCCUUCUGAUCGUGGGAGACGAGGUGGUUUCCGUGGUGACUGCCGCGGUGGCCACAGAGGUGGCCGUCGUGGUUGUGACUAUCGCGACUUUGGGGACUUCCGGGGUCGCAGGCGAGAUGUUGGCCAUCCGGGCCCCUGAGUUAUUCUAUGAAUACAGGGACGCUGCCGUGCGCUCCCAGGCACGCAUAAGCUCCUGGAACGCAAUCCUAAGUCUCCAUGAACAGAUACAUUGCUCCGUGAACUUUGGCUAG